AUGACCGAUGCGAAUAAGGAAGGUGGAGACAACCCUUUUGGUUUGUCUGCUGCCGAAUGGAAGUUUUAUCAAUUUGUUCGAGCUUCACCCAAGGGUGUCAAAUUCACUGAUCGCCCUGACGAUAUGGAUGUGCAAGAAUCUUAUUUAGCAAUGAAUGCUCUGUUGAAAAAGAAUACCUUGGAAGUUAUUGCAAUGAAUGGCGAGAAUAUGCUGAAAGCGAUCGAUUUAAGAGAUGCCGAAAAAGCCAGUAAAUUAAAUGAUGAUGCCCGUCUUGUGUAUAACACCAUUCGUGCCGCUUCCAAUAACGGUAUUUGGACCAAAGACUUAAAAAAAAAGACCAACCUUCACACGAUUGUUUUGAACCGUACCUUAAAAUCAUUGGAACAAAAGCAAGAAAUUAAAGCUGUCAAACAUGUCAAAUAUCCCACACGUAAAAUUUAUAUGCUCUAUGAUUUAUCCCCUUCCAGCGAAGUGACAGGUGGUGCUUGGUAUACAGAUCAAGAAUUGGAUACCGAUUUCAUUGACAGUUUGAAAGCUGCCUGUUUAAAAUACAUUACUGCCAGAAGUUUUCCUCGCGUUGAAGGUGUGACAGAUGCUGUUUUUAGUGCAGAUCACGAACUUUAUCCUACAGCUACAGAAGUCAGACGUUUUAUUACAGAAUCUCGUAUUUCAUCCAUCGAUUUAUCAGUCAAGGAUAUCACCAGUUUAUUGGAUGUGUUAGUAUAUGAUGGUGUUGUGGAGAAAAAGUUACCGUUUAUGGCUGGUAUGGAGGAUUUCAGUGACGAUGAGGAUGAUGAGGAUGCAUCUGUUUCAUGGUCCUAUAAAGCUAUUCGAAAAGUUGCUAGUCGUUUACCAACAGAAGCAUUAACAGAAACUCCUUGUGGUAAAUGUCCCGUCUUUACAUUUUGUGUGGAAGAUGGUCCAAUUUCUCCCGUCAACUGCGAGUACUUUAAAACAUGGUUGGAUUGGUAA